AUGCCACCACAUCUUCACCCCAGGUCACGCAUGACCUCCUCCCUAUUCGCAACGACACUCGUCGCUAGUUUCUUCGUCGUUGCAUUACCGCACUUGCUACCGUGCCCUGUGCCCCGAACCAAGUACGCCGAUGGGGAGGUCAUAGUCGACGAAAACGGCAGACGGAAGAGAUGGAGGCGGCGAGAGACGACCGAGACACGGGAUGGCAUUGUACAGUUCAACCAGACAACAGACGACUAUGCGGAUUCUACAUCAGAACGGACGAGGAGGGAAUGUCCUGUACCAAAACCGGGGGGUAUGCUGGGCGAGUGGCUAGGGUUCCAUAAGAAUGAUGAUAAACAGCCUGGAAAGCGGAUAUAG